AUGAAAACCUUUUCAGAGUCCCACAAGACAGUUUUUGUUGUCGAUCACUGCCCAUACAUGGCGGAAUCCUGCAGACAGCAUGUCGAGUUUGAUAUGCUCACCAAAAAUCGCACGCAGGGAAUUAUCCCUCUGGCACCAAUCUCAAAAUCACUGUGGACGUGCGCUGUGGAAGCAUCUGUGGAAUAUUGUAGAAUAAUGUAUGAUAUAUUCCCCUUCAAGAAACUGGUGAAUUUUAUAGUCAGUGAUUCUUGUUCCCGGAUAUUGAAUAGUUGGUCUCAAGAGGAUCAAAACUUGCAGGAGUUAAUGGCAGCCUUGGCCUCGAUUGGCCCUCCGAAUCCCCGGGCAGAUCCAGAGUGUUGCAGCAUCCUUCAUGGGCUGGUGGCAGCGGUGGAGUCCCUGUGUAAGAUCACAGAUUGUCAGCAUGAGUCCAGGACGGUGCUAAUGGAGAAUGCAGACCGUGUGGCUAACAGGGGCCGCAUCAUCUGUCUCACCAAUGCCAAGAGUGAUAGCCACGUUCAGAUGUUGGAGGACUGUGUCAGUGAGACCAUACAUGAACACAACAAGCUGGCUGCUGGCUCUGAUCAUCUCAUGCAGAUUCAGAAGUGUGAGCUGGUAUUAAUUCACACAUACCCAGUUGGUGAUGAGAGUCUUGUGUCUGAUCGGCCUAAGAAAGAGCUGUCAUCCGUAUUGACCAGCGAAGUUCACAGCGUUCGGGCUGGUAGGCACCUUGCUACAAAAUUGAAUAAUUUAGUCCAGCUGCACUUCGACCUGGCUUCCACCACCAUAACUAACAUCCCCAUGAAGCCCACACUCAGUGUCUCUGAUCAGGAAGAACAACACGCUAACACGUCUGCCAACUAUGAUGUGGAGCUUCUCCACCACAAGGAUGCACACAUGGAGUUUAUAAAAAAUGGAGAAGUAAACAGUCGGGAAGCCACACUGAAAGACACAGUCACUCUGAAGUGGUGCACACCAAGAACAAAUAGCAUUGAAUUGCACUACUGCACAGGGGCGUUUCGGAUAUCACCAGUAGAUGUGAACAGCCGACCAUCUUCCUGCCUUACCAACUUUCUGUUAAAUGGCCGUUCUGUGUUGCUGGAGCAGCCACGUAAGUCCGGAUCCAAAGUGAUCAGUCACAUGCUGAGCAGCCACGGUGGGGAAAUUUUCCUGCAUGUGCUGAGCAGCUCCCGCUCAAUUCUGGAAGAUCCUCCAUCAAUCAGUGAGGGCUGCGGGGGAAGAGUCACAGAUUAUAGGAUUACGGAUUUUGGGGAGUUCAUGAGGGAAAACAGACUAAUGCCCUUUCUGGACCAACGGUACAAGAUAGACGGAACGCCGGAGGUUCCCCUGGAGCGAUCAAAAUGCCAGCUUGAGCGACACACACGGUACUGGCCAAUGAUCAUCUCGCAGACCACCAUUUUUAACAUGCAGGCGGUUGUCCCACUGGCCAGCGUUAUUGUGAAGGAAACUCUGACUGAGGAAGAUGUCCUAAACUGCCAGAAAACCAUCUACAAUCUGGUGGAUAUGGAGAGGAAGAAUGAUCCACUGCCCAUUUCUACAGCGGGCACGCGGGGCAAAGGACCAAAGAGGGAUGAGCAGUACCGCAUCAUGUGGAAUGAGCUGGAGACUCUGGUGCGAGCUCAUAUCAACAGCUCCGACAGGCAUCAAAGGGUCAUGGAGUGCUUGUUGGCCUGUCGCAGUAAACCACCAGAGGAGGAGGAAAGGAAGAAGAGAGGAAGAAAGAGAGAGGACAAAGAGGACAAGCCUGCUGGGAAGGAUUAUGAACACGAUAAGAAGUGGGCGGAAUCUGAAAGGAUGAAAUCGUCAAUAGACCGGGAAAAAGAGGACCCGGCAGAGGCUGAAAUUAUAAAAGACUCGCCCGAUUCUCCAGAGCCCCCCCCAACAAAAAACCACAUAUUGCCAUAGAGGAUGUCACCCCCAUAGAGAAAACUAAAGGUCCAAUGUCUUUGCUGUCUCUGUGGAGUUCAAGAAUUAAUGCUGCCAAUUCCAGGAAACAUCAAGAGUUUUAUGGACGUGCGAACUCUGUCAACAACAAAGCUGAACUGUACCAACACCUAAAGGAAGAGAACGGAACGGACCCCAAUGAAAAUGGAAAGGCUGGAAGACAGUGA